AUGCCAGGAGUGAACGUCGUCAUACUCCUCAAAAAGCAGGGUUGGGAGCAACUAUCGUGUGGAUCUCAUGUGGAUGCAUGGAAGGCAUUUUGGGGUCGUGAACGCUUGCUCAGCAGGAUGGAGCCGCCGGAUUGUUGGACGGAAGGUUUGUUUUUUUUCUUCAACCCUUUUGACAAACGAUUGACCUCGGACCAAGCGAUGGAAUGGCCUACUGGGAAGCGUGAUAGCCGAGCCUCGCACCUGAAAGCUAUGGCGCAAGAGGUGUUGGGACCAGGCGGUGGCGCGACAGCACUGCAAACCUGUUUCUUCCGCAAUACGCCUUGGAAGCAUGAGCUGCCCGAAACUAGUGGCCGGAUCGCGUUCAGAGGCGAUUACGCCCAUAUACUCAAUCAACUGGGUUAUGAUCGCGCUUUUGCAACGCAAGAUGGUAUAAUCAUACAAGGGCAAUGCGGCGUUGGAAAGACAUACCUGGGCUAUUAUAUCUUAAUGUUCCAGCUCUCCAAAUCCCAGACAGUCAUAUUCUCCCCGGAAGGCACGACGUACUUCCUGUUUCAUUCCACAGGCGUCUUUCGUACCGACCGCCUCGAGCGUGGUCAGGACGGCCGCCCCGCACUGCGUGCCGUUCUUGGGUCGAAGAUAAGCGUAAUCAUGGAUAUUCCCAUGGGCCAAGGGCCGCCUGUGGUCGUUCUCGAUCCCCUUUUCUUCCUCAUUCAAUUAUGCCAGCCGUUCCAUGUCAAUUUUCGUUAUCGAGUCCAACGGUUUGGCGUAGAGUUUCUCGCGCUCGAUGCACCCUCUCCUCACUCAAUCAUAGCCGAGGCACUCAUACAGGACAAGGUUCAACUAAACCAACAUCACUUCAAGAUCCUGGUGGAAAACAUCCUCGUCUUCGGGUGUAGGCCCAAACUUUGCUUCCAGCGUCUAGACAAUGCACAAAAGACGCAACGGCCUCAUCCCGACUACAUCGCCUACUUCAAGACUUUGAAGGAAGACGUCUUUCUUUCAAUUGCCCAUCUGCCAUUGCAAGAUUGGGACUUUACCGGCUGCGUGCGGUCGGAUCCUAGUCCCGACCUAUUGGUCUUGCGACGUAGUCCCACUCGCUUUCCUGGGGCCAUGAUUGCGGUCAUAGCCUCCAGACAUGCUGCUGUCGCUCUACGCGAGUGUCUGGAUUUUGGCACACUUUUGGCAUUCACCAAUAUGGGCGCCGUUCAGUUCCCUGCGGACGACCUAUCCGACUCCAGGGUCUGGCUUUUCGAACAACUUUGCCAUUCGCUCAUAACCUCCCCCAGCUCUGAAUUACAAUCGCGACACAUCCACACGUUCUUACCCUGGCAGCCCGUCAAUUCUCCCAAGGCGGAUGGUACCCUCGAGUUGGGUCAUUUGUUACAACCUCGCCGUGUUGUAUACUUCGACGCGGAUCUCCCAGGCUUCGACACCGGAACAUAUGCUGUACCUCUCACUCUGUUGGACACGUACCCUCACGCGAUUCUGUACGUACAGCUGGAGGAAAACGACAGGGACCUGGCGGAUCCGCGUACGGCCUCUGAGCAAACCUCACUGUCAUCGCAGCGAGACAAAGGUUCCGACUCGCGGAAGGACAAGAGGAGUGGCCGCAGAUCUUCGCAGACUCCACAUCCUGGAGGAAUGGGGAAGGUCGCCGUGGUACUUGUACAGGUGCUCCUACACGGGGCAGCAGACAUGUCACCCGGCGGUUGGGCGUAUAUCGACCGCAUCAUAGACGUCGAUCCUCGUCCCAAAUACUGCCUGGUCUUCGUGACCUUGAAGGGACAGGAGCUUGACUGGAGCGCAAUCCCUGACCAUUUGGUAGGCUGUCUAACGUGCUAUCAGUUGCAAGUAGACCUGCCGUUUUGA